CCAUGCCAUAUCGACAUGGCAUAGUUCGAACUCUGAAGGGUCUGUUAUUCCAAACUGUUUCAUCCAAAAUGUAAGAAUUUCACUCAAAACUUCAACAAUGGAAGAAAAUUCCCAUUUGUUUUACUGAACUGAAGACAAAAUUUAUCUAUGGGAACUGUAGCUCUAAGUGUAGUUGUUCCUUCUUCGGGCAUUAUUAACCAACUACCAGCAAAACAUUAUCUUCAAAAACCAUUCUCAGCAAUUCAAAAAUCAAAUUUCGGGACGUCAGUUGAUGAACCAAAUGGCAUUAGAUCGUCACACUCACCAGUUAAUACCUUCAAAUAUAACAGUGUUUUGAGCUCACUUGUGAAAAAUGGUAAAUUAGAAGAAGCACAUGGACUUUUUGAUGAAAUGCAUCAAAGAAAUGAGGUUUCUUGGGCUACGAUUAUAUCUGGUUAUACUCGGUCUGGAGAUUACUUGAAAGUACUUGAUUUGUUGGAUGAGAUGUGGAAGGAAGGUUUUAGACCUAAUGAAUUUGCAAUGGGGAGUCUCAUUAAGGCGAGUUCGGGUUUGAAGGAUGUUUGUGUAGGUCAGCAGUUGCAUGGGUGGUGGAUACGUAGUGGGUAUGGGAUUGAUGUUUAUGUUGAAACUUCGCUUGUAAAAAUGUACGCGAACGUUGGGUGUUUAUCUGAUGCUCAACGGGUUUUUGAUGGGGUUUCUGUUUCGUGUUUGAAAGAUGGUCCUUUAUGGAAUUCGAUUAUAGGUGCUUAUGUGCUUCAUGAGUGUUGGAACGAGGCAUUUGAAUUGUUUUGCUGUAUGGUUGCAACUGUAAGUGUUGCACCCACGAAGUUUACUUAUGCUAGUAUGAUUAGUGCUUGUACUAAUGCGAGAGAGGAGAGGUACGGGAAGAUAAUUCACGGAAUGGUGAUCAAAUAUGGCGAAUUUGAUGACACAAUGAUGGGUAAUUCUCUUGUUACAUUCUAUGCCAAGUGUGGGAUGUUACAAGAUGCAAAUAGAGUUUUCGAGAGUAUACGUACGAAGAGUGUUGUUUCCUGGAACUCAAUCAUUGCAGGUAACGAACAGAAUGGGGAAGAAGAGGCAGCAAUUGAUUUAUUCCGUAGGAUGAUCGAAUUAGGACAUUCUUUACAACCGAAUCGUAUCACCUUCCUUAGUGUACUUAGUUCUGUUUCUAAGCUGUCAGCUUUAACUCUUGGGAAAAAGAUACAUGCUCGUUUGAUCAAAUCUUUUCUUGAACCAGAAACAAGCAUAUCUAAUUCCUUGAUCACAAUGUACUCUAAAUACAAAGAAGUGGGAAAAGCCAGUCUGGUUUUCGAGAAGUUGCCUUUCAAGGACAUGGUCACUUGGAAUUCAAUGAUCACAGGGUUUGAUCAAAAUGAGCUACCAGAAAAAUGUCUUGAGCUCUUCAAGAAAAUGCUAUCACUAGGAAUUAAGACGGAUGAUCAUACUUACACUGCUAUUCUUGCUGCACUUUCAUCCUUGCCAUCUGAGUUCAGGUAUGUAAAACUGGGCAAGGAAAUCCAUGGCUAUAUAUUGAGGAGGGCUGUACUAAAUGGUGUGACCACUUUUACAUCUAAUGCCAUACUUAGCAUGUAUGCUAAGAGCACUCAGAUCGAAAAUGCAGAGAAACUUUUCAAUGGAAUGAGUGAGAAAGAUAACUACUCAUGGAACGCCAUGAUGGAUGGGUAUUCUAUUAAUGGUCGUCCUGAAGAUAGUAUAAAAAUCUUUCUAGAUAAACACGAGAAAAACUUGCCAUUUGAUUAUUUAACCUUUUCAAUUGUUCUUACAGCUUGCGGCAGAUUGGUUUCUUUCAAUCUUGGUAAGCAAUUUCAUGCUCUUACUGUUAAAAACAUCGAUGGUUGCGGUAAGAUUCACCCAAGUCAUUUGUUGUCUGUCAACAACUCCUUGAUAUCCAUGUACUCAAAAUGCGGAAGCAUCAGUGAUGCAGCUCUACUGAUGUGUUUUCGUGGACAGCUAUGAUCACUGGUUAUGCGCACCAUGGAAUGGCUCAUGAGUCACUUGAGUUCUUUGACAGGAUGAAACAAGAAGCUCCAUGAACCGUGUCCAUAAUCUGAAUCCAAGCAUUGAGCAUUAUGCAUGUAUGGUUGAUCUGUUUGGCCGAGCGGGUCAUUUUGAACAAUCCCUUGAAUUCGUAAGGUCUGGAUCCACUCAGUUUAAUUCUGUAACGGGUGGAUGCUUUAGUUUGUGGAGGGUGUUACUUGGGGCUUGCCAUGCUCAUCAACAGCUUGAGCUUGGUGUCAGUGCAGCAAUGAAUAUUCUAGAGAUGGAACCCGAAGAUGAAACAACUCAUAUUCUUCUAUCAAACUUGUAUUCAGCUAAAGGAAUGUGGGCAGAUGCCAUAAGAGUCCGAAGUUUGAUGAGGGAGAAAGGAUUGAAGAAGGACAUCGGAUGUAGCUGGUUAGAAGCUGAAAGUAGAAGACAUUUGUUCGUUGCAGGAGACGUUUCUCAUCCACAAAGGAAAGACAUUUACAUGAAACUAGAGGAAGUUAACAGAAGGUGCAGAAAAAUAGGUUAUGUUCCAAUGACAGAGUACGUGCUUCAUGAUGUGGAUAAAUUGCAGAAGGAAGCCAUUGUAGGUUGUCACAGUGAGAAGCUGGCAGUCUCGUUUGCGCUAUUACAGAACGGAAAUGGCAGAAAACAUGGUGUGAUUAGGGUGAUAAAAAAUCUUAGAAUUUGUGGGGAUUGUCAUAACUGGAUGAAAUUUGCUUCUAGUGUUGAGAAUAGAGACAUUGUAGUCAGAGAUUCGUGUCGGUUUCAUUUCUUCAAGGAUGGGAUAUGUUCAUGUGGAGAUUACUGGUAAGAGUAAGUACUGAAAUCAAGGCUUUGACAGUAAUUGAAGAAUAUCCCAGAGCAAUGUACAUAAAAGUCUGACUCAACAGAGUAAUGUACAUAGAAGUCUGAAUCAAUAGUCUACGGCUCCGUUAGGUUGCCAGUGGUGAUGUUUCUACAGUGCUUGUGCAAAGUAUACUUCAUUUGUUUCUUUUCUAUUUGUAUAAACUGUGUAUCAUUCACAUCUACUGAGUUUUUCAGAGUACAUAUACAUAUAUAAACGGAAACUGGAAAUGUUUGGCAUCUAA